AUGCUCCAAGACGACUCCGAACCUCUCGACGGAAGAGCCGUCGCCGCCAAAGAAUCCUGGCGAAAUCCACAAAUCAACAUCUUCAGACUCGCCGCCGUGAAUCUCGCCUUCUUCAACUUGGGUCUCCACGACGCAGCUUUCGGCCCUUUACUCCCUUCCCUAGAAUCCUACUACAACCUAAACUACACAACCGUCUCCCUGGUCUUCCUCGCCGCAUUCCCAGGCUACAUGCUCGCAGCCUUCACUUCCGACCGCAUCCACUUGAAAUUCGGACAACGCGGCCUCGCAGGCUUCGCUUCACUUCUGCGUCUCUGCACCUACAUCGCUCUCGCCUGUCAUCCUCCAUGGCCCGUGAUUUUAGUCUUGUUGAUUUUCUGCGGUUGGGGGAAUGGGUUGCUAGAUGCGAGUUGGAAUGCUUGGGCCGGGGAUUUAAACCGUCCGAAUGAGAUUUUGGGGGUGAUCCAUUCUCUGUAUGGUUUGGGAGCGGCUGUUGCGCCGUUGAUUGCUAGUGCGAUGGUCGAUAAGUAUGGGUUGGCGUGGCAUGAUUAUUAUUUCCUUGCGUUGGGGCUCGCGGGUUUGGAAUUCGGGAGUGGGGUUGCGGCGUUUUGGGAAGAGGAUGGGGAGAGUUUUCGAGGGAAGAGUGCGAAUUCCAGGGGUGAGGGGGGCAGGACGAGAGCGGCGUUGAAGAUGCGGAUUACUUGGACGAUUGCGGUGUUUUUGUUGUUUUAUGUUGGGGCUGAGGUGGCGUUGAGUGGGUGGAUUGUUACGUUUAUGCAGAGGGUGAGGAAGGCGCCGGCUUUUGAUUCGAGUCUUACUUCGACGGGUUUCUGGCUGGGGGUUACGGUUGGACGGAUUGUGCUUGGAGUUGUUACGCCUAGGAUUGGAGAGAGGUGGGCGAUCGUGGGAUAUCUUCUCACGGCCAUGGGACUGGAGCUGGUGUUCUGGCUGGUUCCGCAGUUUGUUGUUUCUGCUGUGGCUGUUGCCCUCCUCGGCUUCUUCCUUGGUCCAAUGUUCCCUGCCGCAGUGGUUGUGCUCUCGAAAGUCUUGCCAAAGCAUCUUCACGUUGGAGCAAUUUCCUUCACAGCCGCUCUUGGAAUGGGUGGUGCGGCUGUUCUCCCUUUUGCUGUCGGUGCCAUCGCCAGUGCUGCUGGCGUGAGAGUGCUCCAGCCGAUCAUUCUGGCCAUUCUAGCCAUCAACCUCACCAUGUGGCUAACAUUACCUCGUGUACCGAGGGACAAGCGGUCAGAAUAG